AUGAGUCAAGAUCAAAUUAACCAGAUGCCUGCAGAUGUUGAUAUUGUUGAAUCAGAUGAAAUUAAAAGAAACAGAAUUAGAGAUAUAUGUGAUGAUCACAAAGAUAAGGUUUUUUCAUUAACAUUUGAUAUGAUAAAUGAUGCUAGAGGUGCAACUGGUGGCACUGAUGAAUAUCAGUCAUACCUUAAUCAAAUUCGAAAAGUUGGUGAUCUAUUCAAGGUUACAAAUUCAACCACAUAUGAAGAAAGUGUUUUAAAUGGUGUGAAUUGGUUUGUACUAUCAAUGACAAAACCAUUCAAAAUGUUGGAUCCUCUCAUGGAUAAAGAGAAUGUUUACAUAAAACAAUUGAUUGAAAAAACUUUUGAAAAUGACCAAGAAGGAAAAUCAGUUUGUUUAAAGUCAAAGAUCAUCAAGUCUUUAUUAAGUCCAUCACAACAUACACGUCAUAAUAUGCUUAUGCAGUCUUUAAGAGAUAUAAUUAUCUCCAAAUGUGAUGAGAUCAGUUUAGAAACAAUCCAAAAAGAAUGUAUUGACGUCGCUAAUGUUAUGAAUCAAGGCGAGAAAGAUGUAAAAGAAAUUAAUCAGUUGAUGGAAUGGAAAUUGUGGGAUCAUAGGGAAUUCGAAAAAAAGCUUAGUGGCAUUGAAAAAAAAAAAAGUACAUCGAGAAUGUAUUAA